UUUAGGUCACAUGCAGAGACGUGACUGGAGCGAGUUGAACUUGUGAUUGCAGCGGCUGAAAGCGAAGCGCAGCGAUAUGAAACCUUGCCGUCAACAAAGUAUAUUUUGCUAGGCGUAGAUGCUUAGCCUCCGAAAUAGACUGAUUUCACAAGGAAAUAGGGCUUGCUGGUUGAGUUUGCUUUCAUACAGAGGAUUGAUUGGAAGAACAUAAUAAAGUAAUCGGUUGAGAGAGGCAUGCCAUAGAAUGGAUCCAUUAGGAGCUCAGAUGAACACUGUUGACUCGUCUGGCCUCGAAGCCUGGUCUGAGACUGAUGUUCCAAAAUAUACAUCUACAUGUACAGGACCCUCAAGGUUUCCCUGUAGGCCUGAUAUAAAUAAGAAAAUUGUGCUAUGGGAAGGGAAUAUUAGCCAGCUGGACACUAUUGCAAUAGUCAACUCAACAAAUGAAACACUAAAUGACAAAAACCCAAUCAGCGAAGAAAUAUUUGCCAAGGCAGGUCCAGAUUUACAGAGGGAAUUACAUCAACAAUUAAAAGGUUGUAGGACAGGAGAUGCCAAGAUAACCAAAGGGUACCAUCUACCUGCUCGGUAUAUUAUUCACACAGUUGGUCCAAGGUUCAAUAUUCGCUACAAAACUGCUGCAGAAAGUGCCCUCUAUAAUUGCUAUAGAAAUGUACUCAUGAUAAGCAAAGAGAACCAUGUGACAAGUCUAGCUAUGACAGCCAUCCAUUCUCUCAAGCGAGGAUAUCCACCAGAAGAGGGUGCUCACAUUGCUAUAAGAACUGUGAGACGAUUCCUUGAAUUUCAUGGAGAAGAAGUGGAGAGAAUAAUCUUUGUUAUCAGCGGUAUGAAUGAGGAUUCGUAUGUGGAACUGCUACCACUUUACUUCCCACGGAAUGAAGAUGAAGAAAGCUGGGCAUGCGAUUUGCUACCGGAGAAUGUUGGGAAUGAAUAUGGAGAGCCAGUUAUUCCAGAGAGGAAAAUACGUAUCAUGGAAAAACCAACAAGGACUAAUGUUGAAAAUGGAGAUGAUUUUGAGGAGAGCUUUGAUAUAGAUAUAGAUGAUAUGAAUGUGGGUAAACAUGCAUUUGCUGCGAUGGAAAGAGACCCUGAUUCAGCUCGUAAACUAGGUGAAAGGUCACGUGAAAGGUCACAAGGCGUCGAGGAGACUGCAGCUGAUCAGAGAAGAAGAUAUGAACGUUUGUUACGUAAAGCUCGCAGUGACGAUUUAUCUGAGUUAGCUAGUUAUCGAUUCAUCUACCAAACUGGAGUGGAUAUUUUUGGCCGUCCAAUUGUCAUUACCAUUGGAAAGAAUUUCCCUGCAGGAAAUAUUGACCGAGAUAAGGUGCUAUUGUAUCUAAUCCAUGUUCUGGAUCCAAUUGUUAGUAAAGAUUAUAUAGUAGUUUAUUUCCAUACACAAAGCACAUCAGAGAACCAGCCAGAAAUGAGCUGGUUGCGACAGGUAUACCAGUUAGUGGACAGCCGGUAUCGAAAACACCUGAAAGCAUUUUAUAUAGUUCACCCAACAUUUUGGUCAAAGCUUGUCACAUGGUAUUUUACGACAUUUACGGCAUCUGGCAUUAAGGAUAAAAUACACAGUCUACCAGGAGUUCACUUUCUCUACCACAAUAUCAACCCAGACCAGCUAGACAUUCCACCAUUUGUCCUAGAGCAUGACAUGAAGAUUAAUGGGUCAAAUUAUUAUCAACCAAUAGAAGAAGGAGAAAGUCCUGGUGGAUUGUAAUCUAAGAAGAUGAUUGGCUGAAAUCAGUCCAGGUGAAUUGUAUUCUAAGAGUGUGAUUGGCUGUUAAGUAUUCAGGAGGAUUGUAAUAUUAAUUGAUUAGCGGAUAAAAUUCCAGAUGGACUUGCUUUUAUCAAAUGAGAUGAUUGAUAGAUAACAGAACGUGUUUGAUUGGUGGGACAAUAGCCAUUUCUCUAGCAACAGAACAAAAUACAUCCUCAGUUUCCAAACAUACAAAAAUAAUUUGGGUCUGUUACCUGUUGCCGUAAAUUGACUCCCUGUCGAACAGCUUUCUAUUUGUUUUUGGUAAAAUAAAAUUCAAAACUUCAAUGGAUACAUUUUUGUUAUUGUGCGUGUCAUAUACAUGCCUUUUUAAAAAAAUCUUUUUUGGAACGGCACCAUGAGCAACGACUGUUGGAAUGGGGCCAUGAAAAUGGAACGAUUGAUUGAUUGAUGCCUUGCCUAAGUAAUACUGAUGCAUUUUGAAAAACAAUGAUGGGGGAAAUUGAAGACAUGGAUAACAGUAGUAGAUUUUUUGAUAGUUUAGUUACUUUCAUCCAUUCUCAUAAUAUGUUUAAUAUAUGCCUGAAAUUUUCAUAUAAUUAUUUUUAAUUUUAUGUCUUUAUCUUUAAAGUAAUUGUUAUUAUUUCAUAUUUGUGAUUAUCAGUCUUAUUUGCAUGUUUUUUUUGUACUUGUAUUAACCGUAAAAAUUUUUUUAAUUGUUUAGUGUAUCAGUAAACCAUAUAGAAAUUGUUUAUCUGUGGAAAAUAACAAAAUUGUUAGAUAUUGUUAGAUGUGCAAUAUAGAAUCAAUAUUUAACCUAAUAUUGCAUAGUCUUUUUGUUUUUUAUUUGCUAGUAUUGAAGGCUUAAGUGAAAAUCAUGACAAUUCAGUAUAAGGUGUACACAAAAUAUACAUAAUUGUAUUGUCAUUGCAAAAUAUUGCUAUUCAUAAUCAUGCAUUUUAUUUCCUGUUUACAUCAAGGCUUAUUGUGAUUGGUCAAAUCCUGGCUGAGUUCAAAAUCAUUGAAGCAUGACUGUCAUAAAUCAGUGGCGUACGCUAAUCUAGGGUCUGUUGGUGGAUUAUUGUAUGAUUGCGCGUUAAUACUGGUGUUCGCUACGCCGUGUAACUCGUUGUGUCUGAACAAAGACUAUACUACGCUUAGCUACGCCACUGAAUGUUAUACAUUACAUAAAAUGAGAGGGAGUCUCUACAAACAGUACAGCUUGAUUGCUGACUUUGUACAUAUAAUUAAGUUAUUAGAUUGUCAAUUAAAAAUUAGAACAAGAAAAUGUUUUUCUUGCCAAUUAACAUAUGCAAAAGCAACACUGUUUCUAUAUUAUUUGCAUAAACCACCCUUAAAAUUGAAUUGUCAUCAGUUGAAGGACUUUUAUAGCAAGAGUCUAUAGUUCAAUGAAAACAUUAUUUAAUUUUUUUUAUCCUUUCUAAUGAGAAAUACUAUGUUUUAAUGAACUUUUUAAUUGUUUUUGAGAUUGUCACAUGUGGUAUUGGGGGUUCAUCAAUUUACAAGGGGGGAGGCUCAAUCUUUUUUUGAGCAUGCUAACCCACAACUUGCUGAGCCAAAAACAAUAUUUUAAUUCCUUGAUCAUAAUCCAAUCCAAUUCAGAACAGCUCAAUGUUUCUUAGUUUCUUUUGGGCACCAGUUGACCCAACCAGGAAUUUACUUGCCCGAGACUGGCGACCCUGCUGGAAGUGGUUAGAGCUAAAUAUAUAUAUCAUAGAGUUACCACUGUAAAUGGCCAGAAAUAUACAUAAUGAGAGAUUAAGUUCAAUUAUAUAAUGUAUUUUCUUUGAAUAAAGUGCAGUACUUGACUUGUAACAUUAUAUGUUUCAUUUUGCUGUAGCUUCCAUUAUAUAUCGUUUAACAUUUUGAAAUAUUGAUUGAAGUUGCCUUAUAAUAAUUAUUACUACUUAGAAUUGUUCUUACUUAAGUUAAUACAUCAGAUUGCCUUAUAGGAAUAAUUAAUAGCGCUUUCAAAAUUGCAACAUAUAUGUAAAUUAGCUAAGUUUAUUACGUUUUAAUGGGUACAAAGGGAUCGGUCAGUUCGACAUGGAACACAAUAAAAAAACGGCUCUUUACAUAAAUUACAUGUGCAUACUGCAAAAUGUUUAUGUUUUGAAAUGAUUUGCAAACACAUAAGAAGUGUACCCAUUGGAAAAUGUUUUUUAGAGGAUAUACAUUUAAUAAGUGUAAUUAUGCUGUACAAUUAUGGCAAUGAGAGAUUUACAGUUAUUUACCCAAGAAAUAAAAUUUAAAAAAAAAAAAAGUAUUAGGGAUUCUUUUUAUACUGAUGAUGGUUUUUCCAGGAACAAGAAAUAAAAUUAUCAAUAUUUUUAGA